UCACGUGUUCGUCUGGGCGCACUUUUCCCCUCUCCAUCAGGACCCGGAUCAUGUUGCUCCUGCUCGGACCUGUGACCGGAGAACUUGAGGGGCUCCUCGGACACCUCUCAGGCUGGACUCCACUGGUGUGAUGAACGCGGGGACCUUUCGUGUUUACCGUGACGCAGGACAGCCGCACCGCACCGCACCUUACCGCACCGCACCUUACCGCGCACGCUUAUUGCGAGAAGCCAAUAAAGCGCGUCACUGACUUCUGCGAUGUGUAAACACUCAGCGCUGACGUGAACAUGCCUUCACUGUGGUGACCAGUCUGGCACACUGAUCCCAGAGAGGAGAUCCGCGUAGUCGAACCGACACCUGCAGGUGAGCCGGAGCGUCAGAGAGCUGCUGUUAGGAGGAAUUUGCCGCUUGUCUGUGAGAAUCAGGAGCAGCUCUAAUCUGUCGCUGCACGAACUGAAAAAGUGGAUUUGGAUAUAAUUGAUCUUUUAAUGUUUUAAUGGAUGCUGAUGUGGAGCUGGAUCGAGUCCCAGCGGAGGAAAAUGUGUCAGUGAUGUGACAAACAGCUGGAGACAGAAAACAUCUGUUUGACCUGUGACACCGACAGAGAGGAAACACCUGCUCCAACUGCGGAGAGAGAAAAGGUUUGUGGAACAAUGUGAAGCUGCUGCGACCCUGGAGCUCUCCUCAGACAUGUCUGACAAAUGAACCUGGACCAUAGGAAACCCCCGGGUCAGCGUUCAGGUUGGGUAGGCCUCCUCCCUGUGGAUUUCCCAGGCCCUUGUUGACGGGGGACUCCAUGAUCAGGCCCAUCUUAUCCUCGCCACAUCACGCACGACCACCGCUUCAGGAAUCAGCCUGUUGAUUGUUCAAUCAUACCACCGCUCUCUUUCUCGUCUGCUCGCCUACACGAAGAAUGGCGAGGGGUUUGAAAGCCCCGAGGGUCACCAGCCACUGCUUCCUAUCGCUGCUGAUGCUUAAGAGCUACUGGCUGCUUGGUUUGGCGUCUCAAAAGCCUGCAGUCCCUGCAGACUCCCAGCAGCCACAGCAAGAGUACGCCCAUUCAGUCCGGCUGGACGGUGACAUCAUCCUGGGAGGCUUGUUCCCUGUGCAUGCUCGUGGCGAAAGGGGCGUUCCCUGUGGCGAGCUAAAGAAGGAGAAGGGCAUCCACAGGCUUGAGGCCAUGCUAUUUGCCAUCGACCUCAUCAACAAGGACCCAGAGCUGCUGCCCAACGUGACACUUGGUGCACGCAUCCUGGACACAUGCUCUCGCGACACCUACGCCCUGGAGCAGUCGCUCACCUUUGUCCAGGCACUUAUCGAAAGGGACAGCACUGAUGUCCGCUGUGCUAAUGGAGACCCGCCCAUCUUUGCUAAGCCGGAUAAAGUGGUGGGUGUCAUCGGGGCAUCGGCCAGCUCUGUGUCCAUCAUGGUGGCCAACAUCUUACGACUGUUUAAGAUUCCUCAGAUCAGCUACGCCUCCACGGCCCCGGAGCUCAGCGACAACACGCGCUACGACUUCUUCUCCCGCGUGGUUCCUCCGGACUCCUACCAGGCUCAGGCUAUGCUGGACAUCGUCACGGCGAUGGGCUGGAACUACGUGUCCACGCUGGCCUCCGAAGGAAACUACGGAGAGAGCGGCGUCGAGGCCUUCGUCCAGAUCUCCAGAGAGACGGGUGGGGUUUGUAUUGCUCAGUCCCUGAAGAUUCUUCGGGAGCCGAGACCCGGCGAGUUCGACAAGAUCGUCCUGCGUCUGAUGGAGACGCCCAACGCCCGCGCUGUUAUCAUGUUCGCUAACGAGGACGAUAUCAGGAGAAUCCUGGAUGCUGCCAAGCGUAACAACCUGACAGGUCACUUCCUAUGGGUGGGCUCUGACAGCUGGGGCUCCAAGAUCUCCCCGGUGGUCCAGCAGGAGCGAGUGGCCGAGGGCGCCAUCACCAUCCUCCCCAAGAGGACGUCAGUGGACGCUUUUGACCGUUACUUCAAAAGUCGCUCCCUGUCCAACAACAGAAGGAACGUCUGGUUCGCCGAGUUCUGGGAGGAGAACUUCAGCUGCAAGCUCGGGAUGCACGGCAAGAGACCCGGCAGCCCCAAGAAAUGUACAGGUCUGGAGAAAGUGGGCCGUGACUCAACCUACGAGCAGGAGGGAAAGGUUCAGUUUGUGAUGGACGCGGUGUACGCCAUGGCCCAUGCUCUGCACCACAUGCACCGCGAGCUCUGUGCCGGAUACCCCGGCCUCUGCCCCCGCAUGGCCAACAUCGACGGCAAGGAGCUGCUGGCCCACAUCCGCGCUGUCGGCUUCAACGGAAGUGCAGGGACUCCGGUCACCUUCAACGAGAACGGCGACGCUCCCGGACGCUACGACAUCUUCCAGUAUCAGAUCAACAACCAGUCGAUAGCAGAGUACAAGGUCAUCGGGCACUGGACCAAUCAGCUGCAUCUAAACAUGGAGGCCAUGCAGUGGAGCACGGGCGACCCCUCGCUGCCGGCCUCCGUGUGCAGCCUCCCCUGCCGGACCGGAGAGAGGAAGAAGGUGGUGAAGGGCGUGCCGUGCUGCUGGCACUGCGAGCGCUGCGAGGGAUACCACUUCCAGGCCAGCGAGUUCACCUGCGACCUCUGCCCCUACGAGAAGAGACCCGACCGGAACCGCACCAGCUGCCAGCCCAUCCCCAUCAUCAAGCUGGAGUGGCACUCGCCCUGGGCGCUGCUGCCCGUCUUCAUCUCUGUCCUGGGCAUCAUCGCCACCACCUUUGUCAUUGUCACCUUUGUCAAAUACAAAGACACGCCCAUCGUCCGCGCCUCAGGGCGGGAGAUGAGCUACCUGUUGCUGACGGGCAUCUUCCUGUGUUACAUCAUCACCUUCCCCAUGAUCGCCGCUCCGGAUGUGGUCGUCUGCUCCUUCCGACGGAUCUUCCUGGGCCUCGGCAUGUGCUUCAGCUACGCCGCCCUCCUCACCAAGACCAACCGCAUCCACCGCAUCUUCGAGCAGGGCAAGAAGGCGGUGACGGCGCCACGCUUCAUCUCCCCGGCCUCCCAGCUGGUCAUUACCUUCUCACUCAUCUCCGUUCAGCUACUCGGAGUCCUCAUAUGGUUCAUCGCAGAUCCUCCGCACACGUUUGUGGACUACGGUGAGCAGCGCACGCAGGAUCCCGGGAACGCGCGCGGCGUCCUCAAGUGCGACAUCUCGGACCUGUCGCUCAUCUGCUCCCUGGGAUACAGCAUCCUCUUGAUGGUCACAUGCACUGUUUACGCCAUCAAGACACGCGGCGUGCCAGAGACCUUUAACGAGGCCAAGCCCAUUGGAUUUACUAUGUACACCACCUGCAUCAUCUGGCUCGCCUUCAUCCCCAUCUUCUUCGGCACGGCACAGUCAGCUGAGCGGAUGUACAUCCAGACGGCCACGCUGACCGUUUCCCUCAGCCUCAGCGCCUCCGUCUCUCUGGGAAUGCUCUACAUGCCGAAGGUGUACAUCAUCAUCUUCCAUCCUGAGCAGAACGUCCCCAAACGCAAACGGAGCUUCAAGGCCAUCGUCACCGCCGCCACCAUGACCAGCAAGCUGUCGCAGCUGGCGGCCGAGCGGCCAAACGGUGAGGUGAAGACCGAGCUGUGUGAGGGUGUGGAGGCCAACGUGCCUCCAACAAAAAACACCUACGUCAGCUACACCAACCACGCCAUGUGAACAACUUACUCCUUCAACGCGAAGAGGUGACGGAGACAAAAAUGAGAAGAUUCCUGUCAGAGUCAGAGGAGACGUCGCCGGAGUCAGAACUGAGGUGCUCUGAACAAUGUGAAGAAUGAGAAGGAACUGAAUCAACACAUCUGUGGUGUUUUUAAUGUUUACAGAAGAAAGGGAACUGGCCUGAAUGGCGCCAAAAAACCUGGAAGAAUCACAACUGAAAAAAACAUCCGAGAGGACGCAGGAGGAGGAUGGCACCUGGAAGGAUGAAAAAAAAGAAUAAUCUAUUAAAAGUCUUCAAGAAGAAAUACAAAAAAUAAUUUGUGGGGGACCAACCAUAUUUGUUGUGAUUCUAAUUGUACGUUUAAAAAAAAAAAAAACUUGUGGUUGUGAAAUUUCUGAUUCUUGUCUCAUGUCGUCCGUCCCGUCGACCUGCAUUAUGAGAUGAGUGCGUCGCUGUUUUUCGGCUAACUGAACGGUAGCUUUUGGUCGUGAAGUGUCUACAUGCCAUGGUUGAAUUGAAGCAUGCCCGUUUUUUUUAUACAAAUGAUCUAUUUAUA